AUGGCACUGAAUCUCCGCCAGAAGCAAACCGAAAGCAUUCUUCAGAUGCUGAAUCUGAACCCACCGGUAAAUCCGGCUGACGACGGCGGCGUCAGUAACCAAACGGUGCAAAAGAUCUUGAUCUACGAUCGCUUCUGUCGAGAUGUCCUUUCUCCGUUAAUCCUCGUCAAGGACUUGCGUAAGCACGGCGUCACUCUAUACCUCCUCGUUGACAAGGACCGUAAUCCUGUCGCCGGCGGCGUCCCCGCCGUCUACUUCCUCCAGCCGACUCCGGCCAACGUCCACCGGAUCAUCUCCGACGCCGCCAGCUCCCUCUACGGCACCUUCCACCUCAACUUCUCCUCCACCAUCCCCAGCCCUUUGCUCCAAGAUCUCGCCGCCGGCGCGCUCAAGUCCGACUCCGUUCACCGGAUUUCCAAAAUCCAAGAUCAGCACUUAGAGUUCAUCACGUUAGAAGACAACUUAUUUUCGCUUGGGAAAAAAAACUCCUACGUUCAGUUGAAUGAUCCAUCGGCCCGGGAUAAAGAUAUUCACGGCCUAAUUAACGGAAUAGUUAACGGCCUGUUCAGCGUGCUGGCGACUCUCACCGUGGUUCCGAUCAUCCGGUGUCCGCGCGGCGGCAUCGCUGAGCUGGUGGCGUCGCUCCUCGACCAGCUUUUGCAUGGCCAUUUACUGAGCAAGGAUAACUUUUUAACCGAAGGCGGUAAAAAAAUCAGUCACUCCGUCGAGAGACCCGUUUUGUGUUUGUUUGAUCGGAACUUCGAAUUCCCAACGGCCGUACAGCACGAUUUUAGGUAUAGGCCUUUAGUUCAUGAUGUGUUAGGGUUGAAGUUAAAUCAGGUUAGCAUUCAGGAAAAUGAUAAGAAGUCGUACCAGCUGGAUAGUUCGGACCCGUUUUGGGUCGCGAACGGGUCGUUGGAGUUUCCGGAUGUGGCUCAGGAGAUUGAGAAUCAGCUGAAUAAGUAUAAGGAAGAUAUUAAGGAGAUACACAUGAAGACAGAUUUUGAAGUGAAUAAUACGAAAGAUUUGAUGAGCGCCGUCAAUUCGCUGCCGGAGCUAACGGAGAGGAAGAAUGUAAUCGAUAAGCACACAAACAUUGCUACUGCAUUGCUAAGGGAGAUUCGAGAGAGGUGUCUCGAUUCGUACGCGAUAAAGGAGAACGAAAUGAUGAUGAUGGUUAGUGUUAAUCGGGUUGAUCAUAAGGUUGUUGAGGUUCUGAAAGGGAAGAAUAACGGAUCAAAGAUGGAUAAACUCCGUCUCGCCAUCUUACACCUACUUCUUACCCAAAAUAUCCCUCCGUCUGAAGUUGAUAUGAUGGAACUCGUGUUGAAGCAGUCCGAGAUUGAUACCAGCGCGUUUCGGUACGUGAAGAAUAAGAUCAAGUCCUCGAAAUCAGCGUUGACGAAUCUCGCUAACAAUAUGAGUGACAACAUUGUCGAUUGGGCGGGGAAACUGUACGAAAAAAUAGAGAAUAUUCUUUUGUAUAGUGGAAAUCAUAUGGCUUUGGUCAGAACAAUGGAAGCACUGACGGAGGGAAACCCUAAUGUUCCCCAUAUCGAAACGUGUCUCACUUUUGAUCCCUGUGCUUCACACAACAGCAGCAGAAGCUGCCAUCCGGAUGGCCCAUUUAAGGAAGCGAUUGUGUUUAUGAUUGGAGGUGGGAAUUAUGUGGAAUAUGAAAAUUUGGUUGGGCUUGCUCGGCGGCAGCAGCCUGCGAGAAAUAUUAUAUACGGGGCAACUGAGAUUCUAACAGGAGAGGAGUUUGUGGAGCAGCUUGCGGUACUUGGGCGUAAGAUGGGAUUGUGAAGUAGUGUUCGUGUUCUUGCUUCCUCACAGCAGUCCAAAUGUGAUUUGAGAUUUAACUGGUAUAGAAAAGAGCAAAACAAAGUCGAGAAAAAAUUGUAGUUUUUUUUUGGUAUAACAAGCAUCGAGUGGCUGAAAUCGUUAUUCCAACUAAUCCAGAUUCGAACUGUGUAGGAGAGUAUAAGUUCUAUAUUGCAGCAGUUCAAGCAAUUAUAGCCAUAUACAUUAAUUAUUUCUUCAGUUUGCACUUUAUCCUUCCA